UGACUACUAUCCAUUAAAAAAGGAAGAUGCUGACAACAAAAUUAAAGAACAAAUAGAAAAAAACGAAUUUCCAGUAUUUCCACCGGGUCCGCCUGCAAUAUACGUCCGAAAAAACACAAAAUUCGUGUUCAAAUCGUUAUCAUAUAAUGAAAAAAAUGGAUAUUAUACUUUUGAGUAUUACCCAUUUAUGAAGAACAUUACAUCCGAAAACGACGAGAACGACAAGACUCUGCAGUCUUCGUCCCCAUCGGCGGCCUCGACUUCCGAACCAAUAAUGAAACCGCAAGACGGACAAACAGAAAAAGUCUCGACUUGUGAAAAUUUAUCGACUGUAAAACGACUUAACGGGUCGAUGCCGAAUUUAACGGCGUCUAUAACAACCGGUGAUGACACUGCAGCCGUGGUCCAAGCGCCGACUGCAGCCGUUGCGGUACAACAAAUUUCCGCAGAACCGCUCGAGUCGGAAAACUGCCCCGAACCGCAAAUGCGGGAAAACAUCGGGUUGGUGAACGCGGCAGUGGUGGUGCCACCAGCAGCUGCCGCGGAAAAAGACGUGAUCCGAUCGCCGUCGGUCACGUCCGAUCGGAAGGUUUCUGAAGGACCAAAACACGACGGGUCGGGCGAACUGCAGGAUGCCAAGACGAGCCGAGACUUCGCCGUUCGUCUGCCGGGGAGAUUAUGGUAUUCAAUGCCAAACAUUGCUAUCCAUUAUACGGAUAAAGUUUUUUACGAGACUACCGAAAUCGAGUGCAUUGCACCGACGCUGGUUUCCAGUGAUUCGUUGACAACUGCGACAGAGCCCGCAGACGAGAUCACGCCGGUAAAAAUCAAACGUCGCUCGAUGUGGAAGCGGGUGAGGAAAUUCGUUCGUCGCGUUUUUUGUUGCGCUGCGUGAUGUGUUGGUCUUACCUACGGUGGCCUAGGUAGCUCAUUUCGACAGGACACGGAACCUUCAAGCUCAAAAUUUAAAUUAACGAGACGAAAAAUGUAAUUACUUUCAUAAUAAUGAUAUUUUUGUAUUAAUUUCUUAUUUCACAUUUAUUUUUAAAACAAUUUAUUAAACAUGUAUUUAUUGAAUAAACAUAUUGUAUUUAUAAUAA